AUGUUUUUUACUCGAACAACUAGACUAUUUUCAAUAUCAUCUCUAAUCAAAAACAAAAAUCAUAUGACUAUCAAAAAUCCAAAUUUAUCCAGGUAAGGAAGAAGCAAUCGCGCUCCAAUGCCAAACUCAUAAAUCAUCAAACGACCCAGAAAACUUAUCAAUCUCUCUAUUUUUCAUUCAUUUUAUUCUAGUUUCCUAUUUAUUUUCAUUUCCAAAAAAAUAAAUUUUGUCUGAUGUAGAUCACUUUUUUUGCCGUUUGACCUCCGCCGCCGGCAACCUUUUCUACCUAAUUUGAUUGCCCAAUUUUUGUCGAUUUUUUCUUCUUCCCAAAAAUUGAAAGUUUUGCCAUUCUCUUAUCUUUUUUGUGUGUUGGCUCCGCCUUUAUUUUCCAAAUAUUUUGUGUAUAAAAUCGGAGGCUUAAUUAUCAUUCCCAUCUUACAGAAGAACAAUAAACAUGUCGUUGUCUCGUCAAAAUUAUCACGCUGAGGUCGAAGCCGCCGUCAACAAGCAGGUUCGUUUUUUUAAGCUUUUUUAAAUUUUAGGAAGCUGAAAUUUUAAAAAAAACAGAAAAAAAAGUUUGGCGCCACCGGGGUUUGAACCCUGGUGCAAAAUUUUGCAGACUCGCGCGCUAACCAGUUGGCCACGCGGCUCUUCGGAAAUCAAAUGUAAAUUUCAUAGAAAAGCGCGCUGUCCGGAAAAGAAAAACAAUUCUAAUUUUCCAGGUAAACAUCGAAUUGUACGCCUCAUAUGUCUAUCUCUCAAUGUCAUUCUAUUUCGAACGUGACGAUGUCGCCCUUCUCAACGUCGCCAAAUUCUUCAAAAAACAAUCGGACGAGGAGCGCGAACAUGCCACCGAAUUGAUGCGCGUUCAAAAUCUCCGCGGUGGUCGCCUCGUUCUUCAAGACGUUCAAAAACCAGAAAAAGACGAAUGGGGAACCGCUUUGGAAGCAUUCCAAGCCGCGUUGGCUCUCGAGAAAUUCAACAACGAAUCGCUUUUGAAACUUCACGGUGUUGCAAGCACUCAUAAUGAUGCUCAUUUGACCGAUUUUAUUGAGGAGAAAUAUUUGGAUGAACAAGUCAAAUCGAUCAAUGAAUUUGCUCAUAUGGUUACCAAUUUGAAGAGACUUGGACCAGGAAUGGGAGAAUACGUUUUCGACAAAGAACAUUUUGACAGCUAA